GCCGCCGCCGCCGCGCGUCUUCGUCUCCGCCGCCGCAACGAUGCCGUCCCACAAGACCUUCCGCAUCAAGCAGAAGCUGGCGAAGAAGCAGCGCCAGAACCGCCCCAUCCCCUACUGGAUCCGCAUGAGGACCGACAACACCAUCAGGUACAACGCGAAGCGCAGGCACUGGCGCCGCACCAAGCUCGGGUUCUAAGCAGGGGAUGUCCCGGCCGGCUACUCCGUGGGGAAGCCAUUUCAGGAUGUUUCUGCGUUUAUUUAAGUUAGAAAGUGAUUUCAGGAUGUUUGAACUAAGAUUUUGGUGGUGUACUGAGGAUACCAUGAUGUGCUAAGUAAACAACCCUCUAUAUGUUUAUGUUCAACUGCCAAUUACUCCCUUUGACUACUAGUUUGAUCUCUGUCUUUGUGGCACAAAGUAUGGUUUCCCCUGUACAAUUUUGUUAGAAUGCUGCAGUCAUCUUUUAGCACCUUAUGGUGUGAUUAUUGGUCACGGCCUAUUUUGUAGGUCAUGAUGUGCAAGUCAUAUCUUUUUGGGUGUA